UAAAUUAAAACCACCCCUAAAACCGUCCACAAGUUUUCUAGACUCACCGCCAUAACUCGCCGGAAAACUAACAGAAAUGUCUCCGGCGAAUCGGAAUCCGGAAAUCCGAAAAGACGCCGUCAACAACCGCACGGUUAUACUAUCUCCGGCAAGAUCUCUCCGUCCGUCGGACUUCAAAUCCAAAUCUCAAGCCAAACCAGACUCAAACCCUAGCUCCGACGGUCAACCGCAGUGUCCGUUUUGUUCCGGAAACGAGCACCAGUGCGCGCCGGAGAUCUUCCGGUCACCGGAAGAUUCUACUUCCGAUUGGAAAGUUCGUGUGAUCGAAAACUUAUAUCCAGCUCUUAGUAGAGAUUUGAAAGUUAAAUCGGAUGACGAUGAAUACUGUCAAGCUGACGUCACUGCCGGAGAUGUGAGUUUAGGAGGAUUUGGAUUUCAUGACGUCAUAAUUGAGUCUCCGGUUCACUCCGUUCACUUGCCGGAUCUGACGUCAUCUGGAGUUGCAGGUGUGCUGCUUGCGUAUAAGAAGAGGAUUGAACAGCUUUGUGCUGUUGAUUCGAUUAGUUAUGUACAGGUAUUCAAAAACCAUGGUGCUUCAGCUGGAGCUUCAAUGAGUCAUUCACACAGUCAAAUUAUAGCACUUCCCGUUAUUCCAUCCACUGCUUCUACUCGUCUCAACAGCAUGAAAGAAUACCACAAUCAAACAGGAAAAUGUGUUCUUUGCAAUAUCCACACAAACAAGUUAUUAAUCGAUGAAUCAACCCAUUUCAUUUCCAUCUCUCCGUUCGCCUCAGCUUUCCCUUUUGAGACAUGGAUCGUACCCCGCUAUCAUUCUUCUCACUACCAUGAACUUGAUGAAGACAAGGCUAUUGAUCUUGGAGGAUUACUGAAACUAACACUUCAAAAGCUGUCCGUCCAAUUAAAUGACCCGCCAUAUAAUUAUAUGAUUCAUACAUCGCCUCUUCGGAUCACUUCCUCUCAAUUACCUUGCACACAUUGGUACAUACAAAUUGUACCACAAUUGUCUACAAUUGGCGGUUUUGAAAUGGGAACAGGGUGUUACAUAAACCCCGUCUUCCCCGAGGAUGCUGCAAAGAUCCUUAGAGAAGUAGAGAUGCCGAAAUCCGACUAGAGAACAAACUAUAUUACAAUUUCAUCUAUUUGUAAUUUCGUAGUUGAAGGUUAUGCUUAUCAUAUACAUAAUGUAAGUCUAUGUGUUGUGGGUUAACUAAACCCAUUGGCACAUCAUUGCGACAUAAGAAGUUGACCAUUAACUAUAUACCUGUUGACAA